AUGCAGCCAACUUCGCUUCUCAUCAGCGCCUUUGGGCUGUUCGCCCUCAGCGCCGCGCAAACCACAACCGGAGGCAGCAGCGUAUCCAGCGCCUCUGCCGGGCCAACCAUCACCAGCCAAACAGCAACCUCGACUUUCCCUACCUCGACCCCUGGCACCAACUCAACUACCGGCGGUGGCUCCAGCUCGGGCGGCUCCAACGCCGGCAAUUCGACGGUACCGGACGUCUACCUCAACGUGCCAGAACUGUCCGUCGGGCGCAUCGAGCUGGACGUGGACCGGCUGCGAGCCGACAUCAACCUGAACGCGAACGUAGCACAGCUAGUCCAGAUCAACGCGGGCGUGGCCGUGUCGGUGGAGAAGGUCAACAUCACCAUCGCCGACGUGAACGCGGAGCUGGAGCUGGUGGUGCGGCUGGGCCACCUGGUAGACAUCGUCAACCGCGUCUUCUCCAGCCUCGACCUCAACCCGCUGCUGAUCACGGCCAUCAACAACGUCACCAGCAUCGUCGACACGGUCAUCGGCGCCGUCGACGGCCUGCUCGGCAGCAUCACCCAGGGCGGCAGCACCCUCAACUUCCUCGUCGACAACCUCGGCAACAUCGUGCAGGAGGUCACGGGCGCCGCUGGGGAUACCGUGAGCUCCAUCGUCGGCAACUACCAGCAGAACAUGACGCAGGUCGGCGACGUCACGCAGCUCGCCAAUGGCCUCGUCCAGAAGACGUUUGAGUACUCGCCGCUGAAUAGGCUGGUUGAUAUCGUCUUCAAUGCUGCCGGCCAGGUUGUGCAGGCGACGGUGCAGAAGAGUGGUUCGUCGUCGUCGACGAGCAGUACCGCGGCGGCGACGGGAACGCCUGCGGCGAGGAGAAGGCUGUGA